AUGAGACUUGAUAGAAUAUUAAUAAUUUUAAUCGUCAACGCGAUAUUUUGGAGUUUAAUUAAUUCUGUUAAAAAUAAUAAAGAUAAAAAUGAGUUAAAUAGAGUUGGGGAAACCUCAAAGGAUAACGACGGAGCUGAAUCAUCGGUUAAUCCUCAAAUUCAUAUGUUAAAACCAAAACCUAAAAUUACGAAAAAGGGCACAACAAAAGAUAAUAAAGAAGGAAAAAAGUUGAAUAAAAGUGAAUAUUAUCGAAGAUACCGUCAAAAUAAUAAAGAAAAGAGGAAAGAAGCUGAACGAAAAUACCGAGAAAAAAAUGGGGAAAAAAGACGAGAAUCAGCACGAAAUUAUUACAAAAAUAAUAAAGAAAAGAGGCGAGAAUACCUUCGAAAUAAUAAAAUCAGGAGGCGAGAAUGCAAAAAAAAAUAUCGAGAAAAUAAUUUAGAAAAGAUACGGGAAUAUGAACGAAAAUACCGAGAAAAGAGGAAAAAUAAAAAAGAAAACUUAACAUAUCCAAAAAUAUUAAGAAGGGUUGAUUCUGAUAAUAAUGGAGGAGGAACUUCUAAUCCACAGAAUGAUAAUUUUAGAAAUAAAGAUAACUUGCCAGUCGUUUACGAAGAAGGCAUUCGGUCUGAAGAAGGAAAUAAUAUCAAUCGAGAGGAAGAGGAAACAGAAACUUAUGUAGAUGAUCAAAAUCAACAUGUGGUAGAAGAGCCAAAUAAUAUUCCCGAGAAAUGCAUCAAUCAGAUAAAUUUAAAUGAGUAUCCUUUUGAUCUGAACGAGAAACCUGAGGAUAACGAAUAA